AUGGCCAGCUACAGUACAACAGAGCAAAGCCGCGGAAUAAUUCAAUUGCAGAAGCUUGGAAUACCUUCAGGUAUCAAAUUCCCCCACUCCGCAGAUCGCCUUACAUCAUUGGUGGUUGAUUUAUCCGAGCCACCCGGGAACCCUACUUGUACCUCCUUGAAAGCCGACAAGAAGGGUGCUAACGAUUAA